GUGUUUGACCCUCUUCUCUGUGGCAAUAUUAGCGCUUUCCAUGUCCAUUUUGCUACUGCAGGGCUGGUAUCUUUGAUGCCUUUGGAAGAUUCAGAGACAAUUGAUACAUCUUUCUUGUGAGGCCUCUUCUGCAGCGCGAUAAUGCUCGUCCGAGCCGCUCGCCGGAAGGCUCAAUACGAUGCAUUUCGCCAUCUCAGGCUAUCGCCUGAACCGCUCUACUUACCAUGGCUUUGUCCCGCGCAACUUCGCUAUAUAUCUCAAUUGAGGACAACUUCGCCGCUUUCAUUGGAGACGCCUCGAUCCAAAUUGGCAAAAAAGCGACGACUCUCGACUGACACGGCUGAGCGCAGAAACCUUGCUACCGCAGUAUCUGAACAGACCCAUUUCGCGGACCCUGCUGUUCCCUUCGAAUUUGAAGAUUUUUCAGGCCCUUAUGUCUCUCAAUCAAAACUUCAGGCAUCCUUUUUUGAUUCAGAGAACCUAUCAACCCUAAGGAACUUCGAUCCUUCCUCGCCACUAAUUGUUAACGAUGAAUCUUCCUUGGCCGCAAAAAGAUUCAAGGUCAAAGAUGGCAUUGGAGGCGGCUUGGCCGAUAUGCAUCUAACGCUUGAUGCAUGUUUAAAAUGUGGUAGCUUCGACCGUGGCACAGCUUUGAUGCGCCGCAUUUGCAAGAUCUAUGUUUCCGGUUCCCAAGAGCUUCUUGACGCUCAUAACCAAUACCUGGAAGCUUGCAUCGACUAUGCGAUAAGAAAACGGGAUAUGGAUGCGCUUAAGGCAGUACAGAAAUGGUUUGAAGUUGAGAUGCGGAGCCCCGAUGUGGAGCCAGAUGCUACCAGCUACGCAUUGAUGCUGAAGGCUACUCUCCGACUUUUGCAAGGUCCCAAAAUGGAACGCACCGUCCGCAGAUAUUAUUAUAUGGCGGAAGAGAGGAACCUUGGCGUCGCAGCUCUGAGUACAAACAUACUGAAUGAUGCAGAGCUUUUCAAGGUUACGAGGAUUUGCCCGGAGGAUUUCUACUUGGCUGAAGAAGUAGUUACAGAGCCAGAGGAUGUUUCUACGGCCACACUCGAUGGCUCCGGCCAACCCCAGACAAUCCCGGAAGUCAAACCAAUGGGUCAAAAAGGCCUUGGGCUAGCGUCACUGAAAAAGUCUUUAUCUCUCUUCUCUGAUAUAUCUACUUUGCCUAAAUUAGAGGAUCUGAAGGGAACGACAGAAGAGAAGGCGAAGGCUUUCGCGUACCUUCGACAGGAGAAAUUGGAGGAAGAUGCAGUCAACGCUGCCAUAGACCGAUGGCGUGAAGAAAGUGAAGAUCUCCAGAAAUUCGGACUGAAUUCUGCUCUGCAAUCAAGGUCAAUUGGAGCAUUGAUGUGGGAGUGGCACAGCGCGUUGACUCCGCUCAUCAAGGAGGAAGUUAAACUGAUUGAUGAAGCCGAGAAAAACAAUUCAAAGUCUGAAGUCGACCAAGAUCGAUGCCUUUAUGGCCCGUUUCUACGAUUUGUUUCACCGGAAAAACUUGCUGCGAUAACUAUCCUGGCUGUCAUGCAGCUUCUCAGUAUCCGUGGUGCUGAUAUCGGAGUGAAGCUCUCCAAUGUCGUUGUCUACAUUGGCCACAAUGUCCAAGAUGAGAGCAUUGCGGAAUCUAUCAAAGACUACGGAAAUAAAGAACUAUGGGGCCAUAUGGCGACGGCAGGACGUGAACAAAAGGUCGCCUCUCUCCUGAGAAAGAAGAGGACUUUUGAUUCCCUUGCGAAGCUCGUUCGGGAAAAAGAACAAAAGCCUUUGGGGAGCAAGGAUUUUCAGGAUCGACAGUGGUCGGCAGCCGUGAAGGCAAGAGUCGGCGCCAUAUUGCUGUCUGCCCUUCUUCGCUCUGCGAAAAUUCAGGUCACUCGAAAGCUCCCGGACACUCGUGAGACAGUAUCGCAGAUGCAAGCAGCUUUCACUCAUUCAUACAAGUACGAUCGAGGGAAGAGGGUAGGGAUGAUUUCGGGAAACUCUGAUCUCUGUGAGAAAUUGAGGAGGGAACCUGUCCGCACGGCACUAGCAAAGCACCUACCUAUGAUUGUCGAGCCUAGGCCAUGGAAGUCCUUCAAUGAUGGAGGCUUCCUUCGCUAUCCUGUGAAUGCCGUGCGUGUAAAGCACAGUGAUCCGGAGCAGAUCCAGUACGCUAAGGCUGCCGCGGAAAAAGGCGACAUGGAUCAGGUCUUUGCUGGUCUGGAUGUGCUUGCCAAAACAGCGUGGAAAAUCAAUCGCGACGUCUUCAACGUUAUGCUUGAGGCCUGGAACUCGGGAGAGGCAAUUGCAGACAUUGCUCCGGAGCAUCCAAAUAUCAAGACACCACCAGAGCCGGAACCUUCGGCUGAUCCGAAGGUUCGGCAGCGAUGGCUUCGCGAUCUCAAACAAGUCCAAAAUACCCGAAGUGGCCUUCACUCGCAGCGAUGCUUCCAGAAUUUCCAAUUGGAGGUUGCCCGAGCAUAUCUAGAUGAAACAUUUUACUUCCCUCACAACGUCGACUUUCGGGGCCGAGCAUAUCCUGUUCCGCCCUACCUAAAUCACAUGGGGGCCGAUAACUGCCGCGGGCUGCUUAUGUUCGCCAAAGGGAAGCAACUUGGUGCAACCGGCCUUGCAUGGUUGAAGGUUCAUCUCGCCAAUGUCUACGGCUUCGACAAAGCUAGUAUCAAGGAGCGCCAAGAGUUUGCUAUGCAGCAUCUUUCGGACAUCUACGACUCAGCGACAAAUCCUCUGAAUGGCAAGCGAUGGUGGUUAGGUGCAGAAGAUCCUUGGCAAUGUCUUGCAGCAUGCUGUGAGCUGAAGAAGGCUCUUGAUUCUUCUGACCCCACCCGUUAUGUUUCGUCGCUUGCAAUCCACCAGGAUGGUACCUGCAAUGGUCUUCAACAUUAUGCUGCACUCGGUGGCGAUGAAUGGGGAGCACGACAGGUGAAUCUUGAACCUGGUGAUCGACCUGCCGAUAUUUACACUGCUGUCGCUGAGCUUGUCAAGGAAGAAGUGAGCAGGGAUGCUGCAAAGAAGGUUCCAGUUGCAAUGCUAUUGAAUGGGAAAAUCACACGGAAAGUCGUGAAACAGACAGUCAUGACGAAUGUAUAUGGAGUGACGUUCGCUGGAGCUCGUUCUCAAGUCCGCAGGCAACUUGAGGCUAUCCUUCCCCAUUUCCCAGAUACCGACGAGAUGAAUCACGGUAUUUCUUCGUGUUACGUGGCAAGGCUUAUCUUCAAAGCGCUCUCAUCAAUGUUCAAAGGCGCUCACGAUAUUCAAUAUUGGCUUGGCGAGUGUGCGAACAGAAUAUCUCAGGCUUUGACACCGGAGCAGAUAGAGAUCAUCGAAGCCAGCAAGGCUGGCUCAAAGUCCGCCCUUCCAAAGUCAAAUCAACCCCACUUCAGAUCUAGUGUUGUGUGGACAACGCCGUUGAAGAUGCCUGUCGUACAGCCGUAUCGCACGUCGAAAGCUCAGAUUGUUAGCACCAACCUGCAACGAGUUAGCAUAAUUCAACCGACUACCUCCGAUCCUGUCAGCAAGAGGAAGCAGCUUCAGGGUUUCCCUCCGAACUUCAUUCAUUCCUUAGAUGCCACUCACAUGCUCCUUUCAGCUUUGAAGUGCGACGAGCGUGGGUUGUCAUUUGCAGCAGUCCAUGAUUCAUUCUGGACCCAUGCUGCUGAUGUUGAUACCAUGAAUAGCAUUCUUCGGGAUGCUUUCAUUCGCAUGCACUCUGAGGAUAUCAUCGGGCGACUAGCCGCUGAGUUCAAGGCUCGGCAUGCUGGAUCUAUGUACCUCGCUUCCGUGUAUUCUGACAGUUUGGUUGGAAAGAGGAUAACCGCGCUUCGCAGGCAAACGGCGUUCUCGAGCAAAGGGCGAAGUAGAGUAGAUGAACUUCUGUUGGAAAGGCAGCGUAUUCUACUCCUUCAGUCCGAAGAUCCAAAAAGCCAAGAAGAGGGACGUAAAAUGGUCACGCCUGGAAGUAUCUUUGCCGAGGCCGCCAGCGAAAACGAUCUCGCACCGGCGGAGGAAACAACCGAAAUGGGCAUCGGUGACGUGCCCAAGGCGCAGGUCAAAGCUGCGGAACAAGAUAUAGGGAUCGAUGCAGUGGAGAAUCUGGAGAAUGUUGAGCCUGUGCUAGGAGGUGCCGAAUCCUCUCUGGCCCUCGACGAUGUCGAUGCGGAAGAUGAGAAUGAUGUCAAAUUAGAACCCGCCCCGAAAAAGAGGAAGGCAGCUCCGAAAAAGGUCUCAGUCUGGCUUCCGCUGUCAUUUCCCCCACUCCCUAAGAAGGGUUCUUUCGAAGUGUCUCGUCUGAGAGAUAGCAAAUAUUUCUUCUCUUGAUCUCUUGAUCAUCAAGUAAAGACAUUCCCUCCUCUUCCCGACAAUUUCAUUUUGCGUAUUCUUCUCAUCAAACGAUUUGAUUGGCAUUUGCAAGCUGCGCUUGGUCGGCGUUGUGUUUGAAUUGGAACAGAGAUACAAAAAGCAAGCGGCAUAGAUUACUUAUCACGUAUAGAUGGGUGGGAAUUGGCGUGGACGGUGCAUCUGGUUGCUUUCUUACCUUUCAUCAGCAUUUAGAAGUACUAACUACCUUAAAUAAUUUAAUUCAGAAAAGGUUUUUCAUGUUACCUUUGUUCAAAGGAG